UUUUGUCUGGCCAGUGAGCUCGACGCGAGUUUUAUUUUAUUUGCCAGGAAAACCCGAAAGUGUCAACGCAUCGAACGAGUUCCCAUCAAAAAAAGAAGAGUUCCCAAGGUAAACUGUAAGCUAAUCCGACCUGAGCUUGGGCUCUCCAUAUAGGAGAACUAUAUAAUUUCGAGCAAAACUGAUUCAACUGGAAGCGGAAGCGGCACGCGAUAAAAGUUCGCAGUUUAUUCGCAAAACUCCCGCAAAAUGAAGUCUUUUUGGGGAGCUCUACUACUGUUCUUGGGACUAUAUCUUCAGGAGGUCUUGGGAAAAACUCUAAACACCGAUUAUAUAGAUCUACUGGACUUGAGCGACAACGAUGAGUUCCAAUGGGGCGAGUCCGAGAACUUCCAUUACGGACUAGAUAACCACACUGAGGAAAACAAUGUUGUGAGUUUUCUGUCCCGACAUCGACUUAAUAAGCGACAGGCUCCCACCACCCAGUUACUGGAGAACAAAGACUAUGGUCCUUGCAACACUCCCCUGGGAGAGACAGGACGAUGUCGUCACAUUAUUUAUUGCCGCAUACCGGAGCUGAAAAACGAUGUGUGGCGUUUGGUGUCUCAGCUCUGCAUCAUUGAGAAGAGCUCCAUUGGCAUUUGCUGCACGGAGCAGGCCACCAGCAACCGCUUCAGUCCGCAGAUAGUAACUAAUGAGGAGAAAGAUGAGCCCAGAAUCGUAAAUCGACCGGAGCAGCGGGGCUGUGGAAUCACCACCAGGCAGUUCCCGCGGCUCACGGGCGGACGGCCAGCCGAGCCGGACGAGUGGCCCUGGAUGGCAGCUCUGCUCCGUGAGGGAUUAUCCUUCGUUUGGUGCGGUGGAGUUCUCAUCACCGAUCGUCAUGUCCUGACGGCAGCCCACUGCAUUCACGGUGUGAAGAAGGAAGACGUCUUUGUGCGAUUGGGGGAGUACAAUACCCACAUGCUGAACGAGACGAGGGCCAGAGACUUCCGGAUUGCCAACAUGGUCAGCCACAUCGACUUCAAUCCGCAGAACUAUGACAACGACAUAGCCAUUGUGCGGAUCGACAGACCCACACUGUUCAACACCUACAUUUGGCCGGUUUGCAUGCCGCCAGUGAACGAGGAUUGGACCGGAAGAAACGCCAUUGUCACAGGUUGGGGCACCCAAAAGUUCGGAGGACCGCAUUCGAACAUACUUAUGGAGGUCACCCUGCCGGUGUGGAAGCAGUCCGAGUGUCGAGCCACCCUGGUGGAGCAUGUCCCGGACACAGCCAUGUGCGCUGGACUCCCCGAGGGUGGCCUGGACUCCUGCCAGGGCGACAGCGGUGGUCCAUUGCUGGUCCAGUUGCCCAACCAGCGCUGGGUCACCAUCGGCAUUGUGUCCUGGGGCAUUGGCUGUGGCGAGCGUGGUCGUCCGGGGAUCUACACCCGGGUAGAUCGCUACCUGGACUGGAUCCUGGCCAACGCGGACGCAUAGGAUUCAAACAGUGUCUCUUUACAGUUCGUCAGUACAUUCAAUUUACUUGGCAUUAGCUUUAACAAAUGCUAUGGUCUAAGUAUACUAAUUAACCUGAUAACGAUCGAUGUCAAUAAAAUCGAUGAACAAACCCGAA